AGAUGGAAUUUAACGAGCCUCUUGAUAUCAACAAUAUAAUUACCGAUGAUGAUUGCUUGUUACAUAUUCAAGAUAGUGGUAGUCCCGUUAAAAAGUCGGCAGUGACGGCAAAGACAAAUGUACAAAUCGUCAGUGAUGUUUGCCAGUCCUUGGCAAAUGACCAAUUCUUGAGACCAGAAGACAGAGCUUUCUUUAAUCAAGUUUGCAAGGAUGAAAUUCCUGAAAAACUCCAGUUUCUGGAUGACUGCCUUGUGCCGGCCGGGAUGUUUGUUCGUGCUUCAAGGGAGAAGGCAUGGAGUAAAUAUCAUGCUGCCUACAUACAGAAUAUGAGCUUAAUGGUGGAAUUCACAAAAUCUACAUUUGCUGCUGCAUGGCUUUGCCUGAAAACAUUUGAAAAGUUAGUGGAUCUGAAUUAUCCAGUAAAUGCAGAACCAUCUCAGGCAUACCAGUCAUCAGCAUUAGAUGACAGAAUGAAAGAUAUCAUCUCUCAUAUAGGAAGAAUCAUUGUAACGAAAAUAACAAGAUUGUGUAAGGGGGAAGAACAAAAAUGUUUAAAGGCCCUGUGCACCAAGCAUGAUACAAGCGUGCUGACAGCACACAAGGAGGGGCUAAUUUAUUUAAAUAAGAUGGCUCAGGAACUGUUUUAUGUUCUUGAGUGUAGGUUCUUAGAAACAUGCAUCAGUACUCCCUCAAGCUGUAGAAGUGUAGACUUUGCAAAAGUCUGUGCUGAGGAUGAAGAGCUGUUACAAAAUUUUUAUACUAUGACUUACAAAUCUGAUAUUAGUGACACUGUUCAACAAAGGGUGUUUUGCAUGGUUACUCGUCUAUAUUUUCAAGUAAGAAUUCACCAUGAGUGUCACAAGUUCAUGGAGAAGAACAAGUAGCAUCAACAUGAGUCCAAGGUAGAUUUUAUGAGGAUAAAAUCUACCCCAUUUGCCUUCAAAUAAUGGAAUGCUUCAUCAUCACAAGACCUUUGUAGGUCUGUAGUGACAGAAACAAUUUUGCUGUUCACUGCAGACAUUCAAAGAAAAUCUGUCCAUCAACAGUAUAAAUUUAGUAGUUUCCAAGGCAUCAGGGGAUCCAUGCUGCUUUAUGAUAGACCCCACCAGAUUACUCAGGACUUGUGCAGCAAGAACAUUCAUCAUUGAAUGUGAUAUUAAAUUUAUAAUCUUAUGUUUUAAGUCCAUUUUUAACGUCUUUAAAAUACAGGUCUGCCACAAACUUC